AUGGCCAUGAAUUUUGGGAUCCCGAUGGGUUAUGAUGUUGCUGGUGUGGUGGUCAAGGUGGGAAGCCUAGUGAAACAUCUCAAGGAAGGAGACGAAGUCUAUGGGGAUAUAAAUAAGGAAGCUUACAACCCCAAACAGUUUGGUUCUCUGGCUGAGUACACUGCCGUUGAAGAGAAGCUAUUGGCUAUAAAAACUAAGAAUCUUAGUUUUGCUGAAGCCGCUAGCCUUCCACUUGCCAUUGAGACAGCUUAUGAGGGCCUCGAACGCGCCGGAUUUUUGCCUGGUAAAUCUAUCCUUGUUUUAGGUGGUGCUGGUGGAGUUGGAACUCUGGUAAUUCAGCUAGCAAAACAUGUAUUUGGUGCAUCAAAAAUUGCAGCUACUUCCAGCUCUGGAAAAUUGGAGUUGUUGAAGAGUUUGGGAGCUGAUUUGGCCAUUGAUUACAAUAAGGAGAACUUUGGAGAUCUGCCAGACAAAUUUGAUGUGGUAUAUGAUGCCGUUGGGCAGUGCGAUAAGGCGGUGAAGGCAGUGAAAGAAGGCGGAAGCGUGGUGGCAAUAAUCGGUGCAGUCACUCCACCUGCUUUCAUAUUUGUAGUUACAUCAAAUGGAUCUGUCUUAGAGAAACUAAACCCUUUCUUGGAGAGUGGCAAGGUGAAGGCAGUGAUAGACCCUAAAGGCCCAUUCCCAUUCUCUCAGACCGUUGAAGCAUUUUCUCAUCUCGAAACUGGCAGAGCUAUUGGGCAGUGCGAUAAGGCGGUGAAGGCAGUGAAAGAAGGCGGAAGCGUGGUGGCAAUAAUCGGUGCAGUCACUCCACCUGCUUUCAUAUUUGUAGUUACAUCAAAUGGAUCUGUCUUAGAGAAACUAAACCCUUUCUUGGAGAGUGGCAAGGUGAAGGCAGUGAUAGACCCUAAAGGCCCAUUCCCAUUCUCUCAGACCAUUGAAGCAUUUUCUCAUCUCGAAACUGGCAGAGCUAUUGGUAAGGUGGUGAUAUAUCCAGUCCCAUGA